AUGCCUUCAAUCACGCCUCCAGACUUUGACCAAACCACCGAAGCACGCACUGUAGCCGCUGCUUUCCCGGAACACAUCCAAAACCGUGUCAUCCUCAUCACAGGCGUGAACAGAAAAGGCAUCGGCUACGCCACCGCCGAAGCAUUCACCUCUCAGCAGCCCGCAACGUUAAUCCUCGCUGGCCGCUCACCCCCCAAGGUCCAAGAAUGCAUGGAUGCCCUCAAGCAGAACUACCCCAGAGUCAAUUACCGCUCACUUAUCGUCGAUCUCAGCUCCCAACACUCCGUCCGUUCAGCAGCCACUGAAGUCCUGAACUGGAACGACACCCCAACCAUCGAUCUGCUCGUCAACAACGCAGCAGCGAUGUGGAUCCCACAACGCACUCUAACCCCCGAAGGCAUCGAACUAACCCUAGCCACCAACCACGUCGGGCACUUCCUCCUCACCAACCUCAUCAUGCCUAAACUCCUCGCCGCAGCCAAGACAUCACCGCCAGGCGCAGUCCGCAUCGUCAACGUCAGCAGUAGCGCAACCUGGGUGUCUCCGCCACGCUGGAGCGACCUCUCAUGGUCAAACCCAGCGCUGGACAUCCCUGAGAACGAACGACAGGUCUUUCAGCACAUAAAAGCAGCUGGAAUCAAGCAGGACGGAGAGGUAGUCAAUGAAGCUAUGUCUUAUAUCCCCAUCGCAGCAUAUGCUCACUCAAAGACUGCGAAUAUCCUGUUCACCGUGGGGCUUAACCAGAGACUUCACGCGCAACAUGGUAUAUUGAGCGUCGCGUUGAAUCCGGGAGAAGUACAGACAGAACUAGCUCGGAACUUUGGCGAGCAAGAGUGGUUCUUGGAGGCGAGACAGCGGUUUUUGGUUAAGACGCCUGAAGUGGGUGCGGCUACUAGUGUGGUGGCUGCUUUGGAUCCAGGACUGAACGAGGCUUCGAAGGACAUUGCUACUGCUUUGUUUCUGUCAGAUUGUCGGCCGGGUAAGGCGCCGGCAUAUGCGGUCGACGCUGAAAAUGCGGAGAGGCUGUGGAAGAUUACGGAGGAUUGGGUUGGGGAGGAGUUUACUUUCUCAUGA